GAAUGGAGCAGCGCCGGGGCUGAGCCGGGCGCGCACGGGCCACCGCAUGUGCUGCGCGGGGAGCAGCUGCCGAGCGAGCGGGCGGACAGCGAGUGCGAGAGGCCCCGUGGGAGCAGCCACGGGAGAGCGCCGGAGAUGGGAGAACAGCCCAUAUUCACCACACGAGCGCACGUCUUCCAGAUUGAUCCCAACACCAAGAAGAACUGGGUGCCUGCGAGCAAGCAGGCUGUCACCGUUUCCUACUUCUACGAUGUCACAAGGAACAGCUAUCGGAUCAUCAGUGUGGAUGGAGCCAAGGUGAUUAUAAACAGCACAAUCACACCCAAUAUGACUUUCACCAAAACGUCGCAGAAGUUUGGGCAGUGGGCCGACAGCAGAGCCAACACGGUGUUUGGUUUGGGGUUCUCGUCGGAGCAGCAGCUGACAAAGUUUGCAGAGAAAUUCCAGGAGGUGAAAGAAGCUGCCCGACUAGCCAGAGACAAGUCGCAGGAGAAAAUCGAGACCUCAAGCAAUCAUUCCCAAGCAUCCAGCGUCAAUGGGACGGACGAUGAAAAGGCGUCUCACGCGGGCCCUGCUGACACCCACCUGAAGUCUGAGAACAACAAGCUGAAGAUCGCCUUGACACAGAGUGCUGCCAACGUGAAGAAAUGGGAGAUCGAGCUGCAGACCCUGCGGGAGAGCAACGCCCGGCUGACCACGGCGCUGCAGGAGUCUGCCACCAGUGUGGAGCAGUGGAAGCGGCAGUUCUCCAUCUGCCGCGACGAGAACGACCGGCUGCGGCACAGGAUUGAUGAGCUGGAAGAACAGCGCAGUGAGAUAAACAGAGAGAAGGAGAAAAAUGCCCAGCUGAAGCGGAGAAUCGAGGAGCUGGAGUCGGAGCUCCGAGACAAGGAGAUGGAGUUGAAAGAUCUCCGAAAACAAAGUGAAAUCAUACCUCAGCUCAUGUCAGAGUGUGAAUACAUCUCUGAGAAGUUAGAGACAGCAGAGAGAGACAAUCAAAACCUGGAGGACAAAGUGCGUUCGCUGAAGACGGACAUUGAGGAGAGUAAAUACCGACAGCGCCACCUAAAGGUGGAGUUAAAGAACUUCUUGGAGGUGCUGGACGGGAAGAUCGACGACCUGCACGACUUCCGCCGAGGCCUCUCCAAGCUGGGCACCGACAACUAGGCGCGUCGGGACCUGGGCCCGCGCGGGAGUCGCAGGUGUGUGUGAGAUCGACAGGGCCGGGACGUCCUGCUGUUUGCGUGGCUUCUGUAAGCGCAGGCGCAGCUGGGCGUGACUCCAGCACCAUGGUGCGUCCACUCGCUCGUCUCCAGAAUAGAAAUCUCUCGCUUCUCUGGCCUUUCGAGGUUGUGGGCAACUGGAAGAUUCUGACUCAGGAAUCCAGACUAGGUCUACCUUAAACGUUUACGCAGUCAGGGCAGGGAUGUUUCUAUCUUUCUUAAGGAUUGUUGCAACCAUAUGAACUGAAACAAGUUUUCUAAUCCAGAUGUGACUCUCCUGUACCCCUCCUUUUCUGAAUAGCAUUCAAAGAAUUUGAAUGUCCACCAGGCGCCCUUGUGUGGGGCGUGGAGAUGGGAAAUUGCCCCUCAGUAAGUGUCCCGAUGCUUUAAAGCAGCUGCUCAGCAGCUCUGCCCGGAGAAAGAAGACAAGCUUCCGCAGGGUGCGUUUUCUGGCCGGGGGCCCCUGAUCCACUCUGCCCCCUUCCUCCCGCCCCAGUUUGUAAGGUUGCGACAAUGCUCCUUUUCUUGGUUUUACUUUCUGAGUAGAUUGCUGUGCCGUGGGAACAGCAUGCAGCGAGGAUGCCUAGCACAGCA